AUCGUCUUCUCUCUCUCUCUCUCUCUCUCUCUCUCUCUCUCAUUCGGCGGAUUAUUACAGAGGAGAGAUGGAUCAGAUAAUGAACAAGGUUGGCUCUUAUUGGUUAGGACAAAAGGCUAACAAAGAGUUCAACUCAGUUGGUGACGAUUUCAAUUCAUUGUCUAGCAGUAUUGAAGGAGGAACCAAGUGGUUAGUCAACAAACUCAAAGGAAAAAUGCAGAAGCCAUUGGCUGAGUUGCUUAAAGAAUUUGGUUUACCUGUUGGGAUCUUUCCACAGGACGCCACAAACUACGAGUUCAAUGAAGAGACAAGUAAGCUGACUGUUUUCAUCCCUGAGACCUGCGAGGUUGGGUACAGAGAUUCAUCGGUUCUGCGGUUUUCAACUACGGUAACUGGCUACCUGGAGAAAGGGAAGCUAGCUGAAGUGGAAGGCUUGAAAACAAAGGUGAUGAUUUGGGUUAAAGUUACUUGUAUCUCUGCAGACCCAUCAAAGGUAUAUUUCACAGCAGGGAUGAAGAAAAGCAGGAGCAGAGAUGCUUAUGAGGUUAUACGUCCUGGUGUUGUUGUUGAUAAAUUCUAACUUAUGGAUCAGUUAUGAUACAACUAAUAAUACAAACUUUUCCAAGUUAGUUUUUUUUGUGUGUAUGCUUUUAACACCUUGUGUUGUUAAACUAAACCUGACGAAGCAAACCUAGUAGCUAAUGUAUAAGAAUGUUUACUUUAAUUUUGUUGCAGUAAGCAGAGAUCAGUCACAAACUUUGUAUCUCUCUGUAUACAUUUCACAAAAUAUAUAACAAGUAGAGAAGCAAAUAGGUAAUGUGAGUGAAGGUAAGAGUUUAGUGUUGGUCAUGGAGUAGUUUGAAAUAAGUAUUUGGAAGCUUCAUAAUUGUCAAUCAAUAUUCAAAAAAGUGCUUAGAUGGUAAUUAGACUCUGUAUAAGAGAUUAUUGAUUAUGCAGACCAAUCUUUUUAAAAAUGUUAUGUUUAAGUCCUAAUUCCCGCCAAGGCAGACACUAAACACAGCAUAGACCAAUUUUUAGUCCAAUAGAAAAUAGGUCAAAGACUCGGUGAUACCAACAGCAAGAAGGCAAAACAAAGGCCUACAAAGUCUAAGAACAAGUAACUCAAUAGCAAAAUGC